GUCCCUUUCCUCAUCUUCUGGAGCAGUAAAGCAUGUGUGAGGUUUUGGGGGCAUUUUGGAAUAGCUGGGCUGUGAGAUUUUUCUCUUUUUAACUUCUGUGGACUUUAGUGUCGUGGAGAUCACCUGCAAAAGGUGAAAAUAUUGGUCAUGACUUUCCAGAGCACCCACGCACCUUCCUCCCUCUGCAGACUAUACAAGCGGUGCCCUCUAAUUGUAGCAGAAAUUCCUGGUAUGACCAAUUACAGCUUUUUUUUCUGCGCGGUGACUUCUACCUGUUAGUUUAAACCAUCCUUUUUUUUUUUUUUUCUGAGAUUUAAUCUAAAUGACAAAUCACAUUACAGACACAAGUCUCAAUGAGGUCUUAUUUCACAACAGUUUAAUCUCAUGCUAGGAAGAAAAAAACACUUUGAAGGGGGGAAGGAAGGAAAUAAAAAAUUGGCAUGAACUGGAGGCAUCUUUGGAAUAAAAAUCCCUCAUUGACAUGACUUUUUAAUUUUUUUUUUCUUUUAAGGAAAAUGCAUUGCAGAGCACAGGAAAGAGGAAGAAAAAAUGGCAAACGUGACGCUGGACCCGGAGACAGCCCACCCUCGCCUCAUCCUCUCCAAGGACCAGAAGAGCGUGAGAUGGGAAUACAUGCUGCAGGAGUCUCCCGACAGCCCUGAGCGGUUUGACGCCGAUCCUUGCGUGCUGGGUUGUGAAGCCUUCACCUCCGGGAGACACUACUGGGUGGUGGAUGUAGCCGAGGGACAGUACUGCGCCGUCGGGGUCAGCAAAGAGUCUCUGCAGAGGAAGGCACCCGUCAGCUUUAAUCCCGAGGAAGGGAUCUGGGCGGUGCAGCAAUGGGGAUUUAAGAACCGUGCCCUCACCUCCCCCCCAACCCUCCUUAACCUGCCGCGGGUCCCCAAAAAGAUCCGGAUCUCUCUAGACUACGAAUGGGGGGAGGUGGCGUUUUUUGACGUUGAGAACAAAAUACCGAUCUUCACUUUUCCUCCGGCUUCUUUCGCUGGGGAGCGGAUCCGGCCGUGGUUCUGGGUGGAGUUGGGCUCAAUUUCUCUGGUCCGAUGAACCUUGCGUUCCUCCUUGUGCAGAGAGUUUAGUGCCGGCAGUGAGUGGGUGGCUUGAAGGGCAAGAGGAGUGGUGGAAGCACCUUACUCCAUCCAGACACCAACAGCUAGGUGGUUAAGAGCAGCAGGAUAGAGACCAGGAUAGAAAUGCUCUCGGGAAGAGCAGCGUCAAACCUCAUUCUCCCCCAUUCCCAAUCAAGUGCUGCAACCAUCAUCGUGCAAAGGAAAGGCAGCCCAUCCUGCAUGUCCUCAACAUACGGUGGCAGAAGGUCUGCCUAGCUUGUAGUUGCAGUUCCAGCAUAGAGGAACAUCAAAUGACCUGCAGAGAGAUGUAGGCUUCUCCUUUGGUUGAUGAAAAGAGAUGGGCACCAGGGUAGAUCACUGUUCACGCUGCCUGUGUCACCUGAGUGGGAGUGCAGGCUCCCACCAGCGUUUUCUUCUCAUCAGUUGGUGGCUGAUGUGUAGAUUUCAACCGUUUGAGCCGCUUUUAUAGUAGGCAGAGGGAAAUAAGUGCUUCUGGUGAGCAGCUCAUCUCAUCCAGACAUAGACAUCAAAAUAGGACAGGCAAAUCGUGCUUUCUGUGUGCCUAUCUCUCUUCACCAGCUGUUGAAGAAAUCUACACUUGGAAGAGAUUAAACAACUCUCCUUCGCCCAACCUGCAUACGAAUCCAGGCCCGUUGCCCUUGGCCAAAGAAAGGACAUGGAAAACCCUCUGUGACUGUCCUCAGAUCUCCAAGGUCAAUGCUUGUCAUUGCCUGAUCAAGAGCCUGAUCAAUGCUGUCAGCUUUGUCCACCGACAUCUCCACAGAUUUCCUCCCCAAACGCUCCAGCCACUGUGCUGCUGGUCGAGGCAUUGCUCCUGUAAUCCUUUAUACCAGAGCUGGAUGCAGCCAGGUCCUCUGGCAGGACUUAAAUCUGGUCCGGGCAGAUGAUUUUAUUCCAGCUGGAUUAGCCAGAGUCCAUGAGUUUAGCUCAGCCUUUGGGAGAAGUGAGAGAAGGCUGGAUUCAAGACCAAGCAGGCAUCAUGCCCUAAGGUGAAAACUGGGGUGCCAAACAUCCAGACCAUAUGAAUUAAAGGUUUAAAGAGGCUCCCGCCAGCAUAGAGCUCUGCAUCCUGUUGCCAGUAAAGCUUCCAGUGAGGUACUGGGAGCUCUAAAACUAGAUUCAUGGAGAGGGUCAAGCCAGUGCUUGAGAACAGCAUGGGGCCAGCUGUGCUGGAAGGUGGGCGAUUAGGGACAUCUCUAAAGCUGCUAGAGUGGAUGGAUGCAACGGUCUUUCCCUUUCACAACAUCUCACUGCACUUUAAUAGCACCAGUGAAUUCCUCUUUAAUCCCUGCUUGUUCUUAGCCACCUGUAAAGCCUUAAAUCUUGUCUUUUGCCCCACCAUGGGACAGCCAACUUGUUGUUCCCAUCUGACA